GUGGGCGCCGGUUGUCGUAAACAUGUAAACAUAUAGUGCGAGCGAUCGCGUGCGUCAUGCCGUAAGGCCCCUGUUAUUUAGGUAAGGUCUCCUGAGAAGGAGCCCAGUACGUCUCUCCACCUUGCCAUCGCUCGCGCCCCAAUGUGGACCCCGUUCUCUGAUCAAGUGUCCUCUUCUCCCAGCCAUACCGCCCCGUUAGAUGCUGCUAUCAGCAAUGAGGAGGACAAGCCCACAACCGCGGGCGCUAAUAUCAGCGCCAAGGUGCUGAGGCAGCCACAGGACUUCCCCGCCAUCUUCCACGUCGCCGCACUGGGCGCCGUGCUCCUCCCCGUCGCGCUUGCCCCGUGCCUCUUCAUGCGGCGGAGCUUCUCGACGUUGCACCGUCGGCUGGACGCGCUGGAGCACAGCGUGGCCGUGGCGCAGCGCGCGUCGGCGCUGGAGGUCGAGAUGCAGAAGGAGGCGGUUCGCGUUGCGGUGGACCGCGCGAGGGGGCUGCAGGGGGAGGUGGGCGAGUUGCGGGAGGAGCUUGGGCGGGCGUGUAAGCGGGGAGAGGAGAGGGACGCGGAGGUGCGGAGGGCGGUUAGGGGCGUCGUGGAUGAGCAGGCUGAUGUUAGGGAGAAACUAGGAUCUGGCUUUUUCGUGAACAUGUGGGGACGAAAGCCGUCUGGUCCUACUUAAUCGCAUGCUUUGGCUGGAGCUGGUUCUGCUACCUUGAACUCUUCGUGCCAUGGAAACUUGUAGGGGAAUCUACAUAGAGGUCAAUGUAUAGUAUGCUUGUACUCAUAGUACAGGUUAAGCAGGCCUACAAAGCAGAAUAGGUGAUUCACGCAAAGAACCAAACAAUUGACAAUGUCACGGUUAAUUAGUAUUACACUUGCUUCAAACACCCUAUCUUUCGUUCUAC